AUGACGUCGCCUGCCAACCAGCAGAACCCCAUCCCGGCGAACACUACUCCCGCGACGACGGCUUCGUAUGCCUCUGCUGCAGGUGCGCCUAAGAAGUCAACUCAGGCACCUAUAGUCGCAACUGGUUCCCACCCUCCCGCGGUGGUUGGAGGUUCGUCUUCGUCGCAGAAUGCGAACGACGCCUCAUCGUCUCCUGUGAACGGCAAACCCGCCGUCACCCCCGCUGUCCCUGCUGUCACUCGCAGCAGCGCUAACCUUAACGGCUCCGAUCACUCUCGCAAUAGUUCUGUCACCAUGGCUGCCAACGCCCCCAACAACUUUGUCGCCAAUGGUGGCCCUGUCGGCGGUGCCAAGUCAAACAUUCAGUUCGGUUUCGACUCUCCCGCAAUGGCCAACAGCACACCUCAGUCGUCCAGUGCUGCACCUAUCCCUAUUCCCGGUGGCGGAAACGCUCGAGUCCCAUCGCCUGCUCAUUCUCCUUCACCCAUUCCUCAGCCCUCUGCCAGCGGUGGACGACCUCCUUCUGGUCUCCAGCAAGCAGGCGGAACCAUGACAUUCGGCAGUCUUGGUAGUGAUGGCGAGCGUCAUAUGAGACCAGGUUCUGUUCCUAACAACUCCAACGCACAAUCUGGAGUCCACUUCCGACGCGAGUCUGGCCACUCAGCACAAGGCGAUGGAGCUGGACGAGGAAAUUUCCAGGCUCAAGGUGGUCGUGGCCGUGGCUUCAACCCCCAUGGAAACAACUUUAACCCGCAGAUGGGCUUUCCUCCUAACAACCAGUUCCGUAAUGGUCCUGGUCAAGGUCGUGGUAUGCCCGCGGCCUUCCAGCCCCAGCCUCGCUACCCUAACUCUCCCCAACCCGCUCGGAGCCCGGCUCUCGUCCAUUCUAUGCCAGGUACUCCUAACAUGCAGACUGCCAACAUGCAACCCAAUAUGGCCAUGCCAACACCGCCUCAGUACCACUACCCGCCUCCUAUGGCGCAGCAGCAUCAACAAGUACAGUACCCCUUUUCUCAAGUUGAUAAGCCUCCAUCGAAGAACAGCAAAAAACGCAACCCAAACCGUGGUGAACUGGAAAAGUUGGUCCAGAUCUCCCGUCCACAAGAUCCUACACAAAGCCUGCAUAGCAGCGAGUUUAACCAGGGUCGGCGUUUCAGUAAACGUCUAGAUCAACCUUGGCGAGAACAGGACGUCACCUGCACGCGAGUACCAUCUUCGUGCCAGCCCAAAGAGUCCCUUGUACCCUUUCCCACGAAAAACGCACCUGCUCUCGAUAUGUCACCAGAAAAUGGAUUCUUUGAAUAUGUGCUAACUUUGAAAAAUCAGAAUUACGGUUACCCCCCUGGACCACAGCAAGUGGAUGCUUAUGGACGUACGCUGGGAGCGAUCCAGUACAACUAUAACAACAUGCCAUAUAUGGCUCCCCCUCAAGCUAAUUCUCCAAGCUUUAACCAGAACUUUGUUACACCAUAUCAACAACACAGCCACAGCAUGUCUCGAACUCCCUCUCAGCCCGAAAGGCCCCCCAGCGCUAGCCAACAGAACACGCCUCUCAUCGUAUCGUCUACCCCCCAGCCUCAAAACUCCUCGCUCAAGCCCACCGCAAGCAGCUUUGUCAAGGUGCCUAAGAAGAGCGCCGCCAUUCAAAUCAAGAAUGCUGCUGGUGAAGUUAUCGACACUUCGUCCUUCAAGACCCCUUCUUCCCCUGCUCCCAGCAUUCAGCAAUCCAAGACCCCCCCUGUUGUUGCCUCGUCGGCUACCCCACCUCCCAAGUCAGCUACUCCUUCACAUAGCCGCACUGACAGCCAUACUGCCCCCAAAACUGCCAAGCAGAUUCAGGAUGAGUUGAAGGAGAAGAUCAAGCAAGCUACCCAAGCACCUGCUGCCGAGGAGAAGCCUAAGCCUGCUGAGCAGACCGAACCUAAAACUGAAGACAAGCCAGCCGAGAAGUCUGAGGCCAAGACCACUGAGAGCAAGGCCGAGCUGGAAAGUAAGGCUGAGCAUGAGGCCAAGGCAUCUGAGCCCGCCCCCAAGGCUGAGGCAACUACGAAAGAGGAGCCUAAGAAGGUGGAGGAGGCUGUAAAGAAUGACGACCCCGAUGAGGAUGAGAUGGAGCGCAUGAUUCGUGAAAUGGAAGAGGAGGACGCCCGCCGCGAGAAGCUUGAGGAAGAGCACCGAAAGAAACGCGAGGCUGAAAAGGCUGCGGCCAAGGAAGAUGAGGAGAAGAAUCGUGCCAAGAAUGCUGCCGAGGCAGAUCGCAAGCUUCGAGAACAAGAACGCGAGAUGGAGCGGCUCGAGGAGGAGCGGGAGAAGCGUCGCCAACAGGCCGACUCGGCCAGCACGGCUGCCCCCUCGGUGGCUGAUCUUCUCUCCCAAGCCCGAUCUGGCAAGGAGCCUGAGACUGCCAAGGUUGAGUCUGUUACCGAUAAACUUGCCAGCAUGAAGAUUGGAGGUGACAGGUCUGCCGAUGCUGCUGGCUCCAAGUCUGAGAAGCGCGGCGCGAAACCUGCUGCUCUCAACCUCAGCCCUCUCAACACCAAGCCCGUAGAGCCUGCUCAGCCCAGUGCUGCUCUUCAAUCCCUCAAGUCAGCCCGCUUCUUGAAAGUUAUCGAACAAGAUAUCUAUCCAGAAGGCAUCAAAUCGCCAAACCCCUCCCUCAAUGCCGCCGUUCAAAGCAAGGGCAAGAGUUUCAAGUAUGAUUCCAACUUCCUGUUGCAAUUCCAGAAGGUCUUCACCGAGCAGCCAUCUCUCGAGUUUCAUCAACAGGUCAAGUCUCUUAUUGGCGAUGAUCGUUCCAGAACUAACACUCCUGGCGGAUCUGGCCGUGGACCUCGUGGUGCAAACACUCCCGGGCCUAUGGGUGGAUUCCCUGGCAUGGGCAACUUCAAUGCUCCUUCCGGCAGUACUCUCCCACCUGGAAGCACCUCUAUUUCACGCUUUGCGAUGUCUAACCAACGACCUGGUGGCUCUAUGGGCUCCAUUGGCCGCUCCAACACUGGUGGUUUCCCUUCGUCCGGCUCGCGAGCCAGCUCUCAAAUGCCAAACUCCCCUCGUGGUUCUCGUCGUGGCCGUAGCAAUCGUGGCCAAGAAGCUGCUAAAGAGGCACAGGCUGCUAAGACCAUGCCUUUGACUGCCGGCAUGGAUCUGAAGCCCAUCGCACAGACUGCUAACGGCUGGAAGCCUACCAGUGUAGGCAAAAGUGCUGGCCCAGCUGCUGCUGCAGCCCCUAGUGGUCAUAUGGAACCUGAUAUGGUUCAACGAAAGGUCAAGGCUGCCCUGAACAAGAUGACCCCCGAGAAAUUCGACAGAAUCGCAGAUCAGAUCCUGCUCAUUGCUUCUCAGUCUAAGGAGGAGGCAGACGGCCGUACUCUCCGACAGGUUAUUCAGCUUACCUUCGAGAAGGCCACGGAUGAGGCGCAUUGGGCUUCCAUGUAUGCCAAGUUCUGUAAGCGUAUGCUCGAGACUAUGAGCCCCGAGGUUCGUGACGAGCGUAUCAAGGACAAGAAUGGCCAAGUAGUGAGUGGUGGCAACCUUUUCCGCAAGUACCUCCUCAACAGAUGUCAGGAGGAGUUUGAGCGUGGUUGGGCCGUUAAUCUUCCCGAGAAGCCUGAAGAGGAAGAUGAGGGCAAGAAGACUGCCGAAGCCGCUCUGCUCUCUGACGAGUACUACACAGCGGCGGCCGCCAAGCGCCGUGGUCUUGGUCUUGUCCAAUUUAUCGGCGAGCUCUACAAACUUGGCAUGCUUACUGAACGUAUCAUGCACGAAUGUGUGCAUAAGCUCGUCGACUAUAAGGGAGUGCCUGACGAGGCCGAAAUUGAGUCGCUCAGCAAGCUGCUCCGGACCAUUGGUGGCAACCUCGACCAAACCGAAAAGGGUCGUCCUAUGAUGGAUGCUUACUUCCAGCGCAUCCAGACUAUGGUUGACCUUCCCGAGCUCCCCAGCCGACUCAAGUUCAUGCUCAUGGACGUUGUCGACCUUCGACGGGCCAAAUGGGUUUCUAAGGAAACCAACAAGGGACCCAAGACCCUCGAGGAGGUUCGUGCUGAGGCUGAGGCCGCGCAAGCUGCUAAGGCCCAAGAGGCAGCCCGCACCAACCAGCGAGGCGGUGGCGGUCGUCCUCCUGUUGGACGUGGCGAUGCUCGCAAUUUCUCUGGUGGUUACCAACAGCAGGCCGCCAGCAACCAAGUUGGUAUGGAUGAUCUCCGUCGUCUUAAAGGUUCUGCCAACCGAACAUCAAGCGGUAACAUCUCUCUUGGUCCUGCUUCCAUGUUAUCGUCUCGCAGCAAUAGUGGAAGGCGUAUGGGUCCUGGUGGUUUCCUUGGCCCUCGCGGCGAGGACUCUGGCACUUCUUCACGAACUGGCACCCCUCCUACCCGAGAGAACACCUCUCACUCUAAUGCAUUUAGCCUCCUUGCUAACAUGGAGAACGAUCACCCGGCUUCGCCCCCAUCUACCUCUGCCUCACCUGCGAUCUCGAAGGCUGUUCCCGCUGACAGUGACAAGAAAGAGAGCGAAUAA